GCUGAUGCCCACCGCUAUCCUGCCAAACUCUGUCCUUCGCACAAUCCCAAUCCUCACUUCCAUGAAAGCCUUCAUGGUGGCGGUGGAGGCGGUAGUAGUGGUGGAGGUGGAGGGGGCAGCUGUGUGCAUCAACAGCACACCUGCCAGCAGUCUCAACAGCCACCCCGUGGACCUCCCAUUCACACCUGUGAAGUCCAUCCCAUGGGGCCCGCGUGUGUUCACAUGCAACAGCAACAGCAACAGCAGCAACAACGUGCGUGCCGUUCUGGUGAAUGGUCGUCAGAUCAUCGUGGCUCCUAUUCAUUACGAGGUAUGGCCGAUCAGCUUCCACCGAACUCGCCGCAAUCGGAGCGAAAUGUCAGUGAGUCGUCAGUCAGUCCCUCUACACGGCCUGGAAGUGUCCGCCGUCAUCAGCGACAGGUGGUGCCCACAGUUAAUGUUGCGGAAUAUGAUGAUGGUUGCAGUGGGGGUGGUGGUGGUGGUGGCGGUGGUGGAGGACAAGAAGCACCAGACACUAUAUCGCCCAACAGCGGUGUUCCAAUUGUAAGUUAA